CUACCCUACACCCACUCCUACCCAAUCCAUUUGACUCUCUGCUUUUUGUGUUUCUUUCUCUCUCAUACUUUAGUGUCACUUGUUUUGAGAAAGAGAGAGAGAGAGAGGUUUCUGAAAAAACUAGAAAACCCAAAUCUUUGGUAUUUUUAAGUUGCUGGAAUCUAGAUCACCUGUUUUGAAUCAGUCUUACCCAAAAACCCUAAUCUCCAUUUAUUGAAAAUUUCAAAGCUCGAUAAGUAGUAAUCUACGCUCCGAUCCACCUUUUCUAAUUUAUUUAUUAGUUUUUUUCUCUACCGGAGAGCUUGAAUUUGCUUUAUUUUUUGUUGGAGCUCUUCUUCUUCUUCUUUUGAGUUGUGUGAGCUGAAAUCUGGAAAACCCAUGAAAUGCGAUGUGUCUGUUUCUUUUAUAAUCGAGAACUCGCCGGAGAUUUGAUGGAAGUGAAGCUGUUUUUCUGGAAAUUCCAUGGAGAUUGUAGUCCCGUGUGGCUCAUGUUCUAGGCUCUUUGUCAAAAUCCAGCUCCGAUUCGCCGCCGGUUUCGUCAUUUCUGGGAUUUUGUUGAUUCUAUUGUGUUCUGGAGCUGCUGAUGCAAAAGCAAGGCAUCACCACAUACCCUUGCAAGGUCUUGAAAGUGAAGUUGAUGAAGUAUCUUCACAUUCGUGCAUCCAUGAUCAGAUCAUAGAACAGAGGAAGACACCGGGUCGAAAAGUAUAUUCGGUUACUCCUCAGGUUUAUCACGAGCCAAGAAGUGCUGUGAAAUCACAUCCUCACAAAGGAAGGGCAUUGUUAAGUGUUCCUAAGGAGCAGAAGGAUGUGAAACAACCUAUCAGGAUUUACUUAAACUAUGAUGCUGUUGGUCACUCACUUGACCGGGAUUGCCAAAGAGUUGGCGAUAUCGUGAAGUUGGGUGAGCCUCCUUCAAGCACUUUCUCUGCUGUUCCUGCUUGCAAUCCUAAUGUCAAACCUCCAGUUUCUGGUGAUUGUUGGUAUAACUGCACUUUAGAUGACAUAUCUGGGGAGGACAAACGGCAUCGCCUACGCAAGGCCUUAGAGCAGACUGCAGAUUGGUUCAGAAGAGCCUUAUCUGUUGAACCUGUGAAAGGGAAUUUGCGUUUAAGUGGAUACUCCGCUUGCGGGCAAGAUGGUGGUGUGCAGCUUCCUCGUGAAUAUGUGGAGGAGGGUAUUGCUGAUACUGAUUUAGUUCUACUGGUGACCACAAGACCUACUACUGGUAAUACACUCGCAUGGGCUGUAGCUUGCGAACGUGAUCAAUGGGGACGUGCAAUUGCUGGACAUGUCAAUGUUGCUCCCCGCCACUUGACUUCGGAAUCUGGGACUUUGCUUUCAGCAACUCUCAUUCAUGAGGUUAUGCAUGUCCUUGGCUUUGAUCCGCAUGCCUUUGCGCAUUUUAGAGAUGAAAGGAAAAGAAGACGGACCGAGGUCACUGACCAACAAAUGGAUGAAAAGCUUGGUCGGAUAGUGACGCGCGUGGUGCUUCCACGAGUUGUCAUGCAUUCACGGCAUCAUUACGGAGCAUUUUCUCAGAAUUUCUCGGGUUUAGAACUUGAGGAUGGAGGAGGGCGUGGCACAUCGGGUUCACACUGGGAAAAGAGACUCCUCAUGAAUGAGAUAAUGACUGGAUCAGUAGACACAAGAUCAGUCGUUUCAAAGAUGACUCUUGCGCUAUUGGAGGAUAGUGGCUGGUAUAAGGCUAACUAUAGCAUGGCAGACCGUCUUGAUUGGGGCCGGAACCAAGGGACUCAGUUUGUCACAUCUCCAUGUAACAUGUGGAAAGGCGCUUAUCAUUGUAACACAACCCAACUAUCCGGCUGUACAUACAACAGAGAGGCUGAAGGUUACUGUCCAAUUCUAAGUUACAAUGGAGACUUGCCUCAAUGGGCUCGUUACUUUCCUCAGGCUAACAAAGGCGGUCAGUCUUCCUUAGCAGAUUAUUGUACAUAUUUUGUUGCCUAUUCAGAUGGGUCUUGUACGGAUAUUAAUAGUGCACGUGCACCUGACAGAAUGUUGGGUGAAGUGAGAGGGAGUGACUCCAGGUGUAUGGCCUCGUCUUUAGUGCGUACUGGGUUUGUUAGGGGUUCCAUGCCACAGGGGAAUGGUUGUUAUCAGCACAGGUGUAAACAUAAUUUGUUGGAGGUUGCUGUCGAAGGAGAAUGGAAAUUUUGCCCUCAAGCUGGUGGACCAAUUCAAUUUCCAGGUUUUAAUGGUGAAUUAACUUGUCCGGCUUACCAUGAACUCUGCGGUACACCCGUAGUUUCUGUGCUUGGUCAAUGUCCUAAUUCUUGUAACUUUAAUGGAGAUUGUGUUGAUGGGAAGUGUCGUUGUCUCCUUGGUUAUCAUGGCCAAGACUGUAAAAACCGUUCUUGUCCUAAUAAUUGCAAUGGACACGGAAAAUGCACAACUCAAGGUGUAUGCAUAUGUGAAAAUGGCUUUACUGGAAUUGACUGUUCUACUGCCGUGUGCGAUGAACAAUGCAGCCUACACGGAGGAGUUUGCGAUAAUGGGGUUUGCGAGUUCCGCUGCUCUGAUUAUGCUGGAUACACAUGUCAGAACAGCUCUAAACUAGUUACAAGUUUAUUAGUGUGCAAAGAUGUCUUGGAGAGAGAGAUAUCAGGGCAACAUUGUGCUCCAAAAGAGCCUAGCAUACUCCAACAGCUUGAGGAAGUCGUGGUCAUGCCCAACUACAAUAGGUUGUUUCCAGGCGGGGCUCGGAAGUUAUUUAACAUUUUCGGUAACAGCUAUUGCGAUGAAGCAGCGAAAAGACUAGCCUGUUGGAUAUCGAUCCAGAAGUGUGAUAUCGAUGGAGACGAUAGAUUACGGGUAUGCCACUCGGCAUGUCAGUCCUACAAUAUGGCGUGUGGGGCUUCCUUAGACUGCACGGAUCAAACCCUAUUCAGCACCGCGGAAGAAGGCCAUGCUGAAUGUACCGGAUCUGGCGAGAUCAGAUCGCCGUGGCUCGGUCGUUUGUGGAGUAGGUUUGUAGCAAAUAAUUAGGAAAACAAUUGGGAGUGAAUGAUUUGUGUGUACAAGGUAGAUAGUGAGGCAGAUUUUAUUAUUCCAAGCUGUAAUUUUCCUAGGGUUUAUGAGUGGAAAGAGCAUGCAAAAUGUGAAAUUCCUUACCUUGUUACCUAAGUUAGGGGUUUUGCCUUAGCUCACUCAGUUGAUAGGUGAAUUAGAAUGUCCUUGUCUGUCUUAUGUAUUCGGAUAUAUUUAAUAGGAGUGGGAUUUAAAGGCCGAAGGCCUCUCAAAAGAAAAGAAAGUCAGUUCUCUUAAAUCUCUUUACUAGGUGAUUUCUACGCCCAGGUACCGUGUAUCCAUUUAAGUAAGUUAUAUUUCAUUCACUUCACCAUUGUGCUCGUUUUUCAUAGAAAAUUAAGUUUGUGCUUAUA